CUUCAGCCCCACCCGCACACCAUCACCAUGGGAUGGCAUUAGAAAAUCAGAUAAGUUCAGUGCCGUAUGUCCACAGCGAUUGCCUAACAUUCAUAACGAGCAAGAAGCUCUUAAAAAGAUGCCCAAGGGUCGGCUCGAAUAUUUAAAACGUUUAUUGCCUUUCCUACAAAACCAAUCUGAAGAUUGCUUGUAUUUAAAUGUUUUCUCACCACUUCAUGCCAAAGAAUUUUCAAUUUUAUUUCUUUUUUAUAUUUUUUUCCUUUUACCUCUCACUCAACAUUCUUUCAUUGCCAUGUUACGACCAACAGCAGCUGUACAAGAAAAGAAACUUCCUGUACUUGUGUUCAUCCACGGAGAGUCAUUUGAAUGGAAUUCUGGGAAUCCUUAUGAUGGUUCUAUUUUGGCUAGUUAUGGUGAUAUGAUUGUAGUUACUUUAAAUUACCGUCUAGGAAUUUUAGGAUUUUUAAAUGCCAAUCCGGCGCCACACAUGCGAGCGAGAGUUGCCAACUAUGGACUAAUGGAUCAGAUGGCAGCUCUCCAUUGGAUUCAACAGAAUAUUGAGAAGUUCGGUGGAAAUCCAACAAUGAUUACUUUGGUUGGUCAUGGAACUGGUGCAGCUUGCAUUGACUUCUUAAUGUCAUCACCAACAAUGGUUCCUGGAUUAUUUCAUCGAGCUAUUCUAAUGUCGGGCUCAGCAUUCUCAUCAUGGGCACUUGUCGAAGAGCCAGUUGUAUACGCAUUGAAACUUGCCAAAGAAGUGAAUUGCACAGUACCAGAAGACUUAAUAAAAGAUCACGAAUUAAUCGUUGAUUGUCUGAGAGAUGUUCCACUUGAAGAAUUAUUUGCCGCUGAAAUUCAACCACCAAACUUUUUAAGUGCUUUUGGACCGUCAGUUGAUGGAGUUGUUAUUCGACCUGGUCGAUCAAAUCAAGACAUCGACGAGUCAUCGAGAGCAUCGAAGAGAAGUCAAGUAGCUGGUAGUCAGUUUGACUUGAUGUUUAGUGUCGUCACAGGUGAAGCUUUGUGGCGUUUUAGUGCCAGCGACAUUCAAAGUGGCUUUGAAGGAGAUCGAAGAGAUAAAAUUAUUCGAACUUACGUCAGAAAUGCGUACAACUUUCAUCUUAGUGAAAUUUUCUACACAAUAGUCAAUGAAUAUACUGAUUGGGAACGAACCAAUCAACAUCCCAUCAUCACUCGUGAUGCUGCUGUUUCCGCGUUAUCAGAUGCGCAAUAUGUCGCUCCACUUGUACACACCGGCGACCUUUUAUCGCAAUCAACGACGACCUCGAACGGUGGCCAAGAAAGUGACAUCCCCAAGUGUUUCUUUUCUGUUUUCGAUUAUCAAACGAAAGACGGCGAUUAUCCACAGCGCAUGGGUACUGUGCAUGGUGAAGAUCUACCGUACGUGUUUGGAGCCCCACUUGUCGAUGGCUUCAGUCAUUUUCCAAGAAAUUACACAAAGUCCGAAAUCGCUCUUUCGGAAGCAAUUAUGAUUUAUUGGAGUAAUUUUGUAAGGACCGGCAAUCCGAACGAACAACAUCGACAAGAUUCUGUUUUGGCGGCAUCAAAAGAACGUAAUCGAUUCCGUAGCAUCACAUGGGACCAGUACGAUGCUGUACAUCAGAAAUAUCUGGAAAUUGGAAUGAAGCCCAAAAUGAAGAACCAUUUUCGAGCUCACCAGUUGUCCAUUUGGCUUCGUCUAAUCCCAGAAAUACAUAAAUUAGGUGCGGGCAUGGAAGACGUGUUAGCUCGUCAUAAUUUAUUCAAAAAUCACGACGAUAUGAGCUUAUACGAUGGUCAUGUCAGACCGGAUUUGUUCACACGAUUUCCUGUGUUUGACGAGAACUACAAACGACGGAAUAACAUUUCGAACGAAUUUAAUGGAGUUACAACAAUGGAACCAUCUUCUCUCACAACAUGUCUCCCUAUUAGCAAUUUAAGUGGAUUCGCUCCAACAGCCGCUUCAAACGGCAGUGAUCCUUCUGGUUUUGAAGGCUACACUGCUUAUUCCACUGCAUUGAGCGUGACGAUAGCAAUCGGAUGUAGUUUACUCAUUCUCAAUGUUUUAAUAUUUGCUGGCGUUUAUUAUCAACGCGAUAAAACGAGGCUUGAAGUUAAAACUCUUCAAAAGCAGUAUCAACAACGAAGUGGCCAUCAGCAAUCAUUUGAUUCGAUUAAGCACGCACAUUAUCAUUUAGGACAACCAGCAAAUGUUAUUGUAGAUGUUGAGAAUCAUGAUACCGGUGCGCUUAUCGAGAAGUCACAACACAUAUGCUCAAAUGCCAUGCAAAUCAGUGUUAUGAAGAAUAAUUCACCAGCACAAUCGACAAAGGUGCCAAUGGUUAAUAACACAAAUUACAAACCUCGUUCUGAACAUGUAACAAUUCCUAUCAAGAACCAACCUCAACAGCCACAGCUUCAACAACAGCAGCAGCAGCAGCAACAACAGACAUUUGGACGAAGUGAAACAUCAUUCAACAACACAAUGACAUUGCCUAAACAAAAUGUUCACAUUCCAAUGAGUUACGGACGUAAUGAAUGUUUGACGAUAGGAACUCUUCCUCGUAACACCAAUUUAAAUAAUUCAGCAGAGACACAAACAACCAAGCAAGCUGUAGGCAAUCAUAUCCGAUCGCAAACACUCAGCAGGGCACAGAACAAUAACAGCCCAAUGGGACAUAGUCAUCAGCAGAAGUCGUGUCACUCCCAUCAGGUGCCAGCUGCUGCGAUGAGCGAUCUCUAG